GUGGCAUGGACAGGCUGCCAGAGGGAGAGCGCCCCCCGGGCAGACGCUGGGACCUGAGCUCUCCACGCCAUGACCCUCCGCUGCCCACGAGAGUGGCUGAGCAGGUUUGGGUACCUGCCCCCCGCAGACCCGGCCACAGGGCAGCUGCAGACACAGGAGGGGCUGUCCAAAGCCAUUGCCACCAUGCAGCAGUUCGGGGGUCUGGAGGCCACCGGCAUCCUGGACGAGGCCACGCUCGCUCUCAUGAGGACGCCCCGCUGCUCCCUCCCGGACCUGCCUGCCGGGGCCCAGACUCGCCGGCGGCGCCAGGCCCUAGGGUCCGGACAUUCCCGCGGGGCUCCGGCCUGGGCCGCGACACGGUGCGAGCGCUCAUGCACUACGCUCUCAAGGUGUGGGGCGACAUCACCCCACUGAACUUCCACGAGGUGGCGGGCAGCACGGCCGAUAUCCAGAUCGACUUCUCCACGGCCGACCACAAUGACGGCUACCCCUUCGACGGCCCUGGCGGCACCGUGGCCCACGCCUUCUUCCCUGGCGACCACCACACCGCCGGUGACACUCACUUCGACGACGACGAGGAGUGGACCUUCCGCUCUUCAGAUGCCCACGGGAUGGACCUGUUUGCGGUGGCCGUCCACGAGUUCGGCCACGCCAUUGGGCUGAGCCACGUGGCCGCAGCCCGCUCCAUCAUGCGCCCGUACUACCAGGGCCCGGUGGGUGACCCCCUGCGCUACGGGCUGCCCUACGAGGACCGCGUGCGCAUCUGGCAGCUGUACGGUGUGCGAGAGUCUGUGUCCCCCACGGCUCAGCCGGACGCCCCUGAGCCCGAAGAACCUCCCUUCCUGCCGGACCCCCCCAACAAUCGGUCCAGCGCCCCGCCCAGGAAGGAUGAGCCGCACAGGUGCAGCGCUCACUUCGACGCGGUGGCCCAGAUCCGCGGGGAGGCCUUCUUCUUCAAAGGCAAGUACUUCUGGCGGCUGACCCGGGACCGGCACCUGCUGUCCCUGCGGCCGGCCCAGGUGCACCGCUUCUGGCGGGGCCUGCCCCUGCACCUGGACGGUGUGGACGCCGUCUAUGAGCGCACCAGUGACCACAAGAUCGUCUUCUUCAAAGGAGACAGAUACUGGGUGUUCAAGGACAAUAACGUGGAGGAGGGCUACCCGCGGCCCAUCUCUGACUUCAGCCUCCCGCCGGGCGGUGUGGACGCCGCCUUCUCCUGGGCCCACAAUGACAGGACUUAUUUCUUUAAAGGCCAGCUGCACUGGCGCUACAACGACCACACGCAGCGCAUGGACCCCGGCUACCCCGCCCGGAGCCCCCUGUGGAGGGGCCUCCCCAGCACCUUGGACGAUGCCAUGCGCUGGUCCGAUGGGGCCUCCUACUUCUUCCGAGGCCGGGAAUACUGGAAGGUGCUAGACGGCCAACUGGAGGCGGCACCUGGGUACCCGCAGUCCACGGCCCGGGACUGGCUGGUCUGUGGGGACCUGCAGGCCGACGGCACCGAGGCAGCGGGCGGGGACGGGGCCCAGGCGCAGCCAGGGCAGCAUGGCCAGAGCCGCGCGGAGGACGGCUACGAGGUCUGCCCCAGCACCUCCCAGGCCGCCCCGCCCCCAGGGGCCCUGGGACCGCCGCAGGCCCCCACGUGGCUGCUGCUGCCGGGCCUCCUGUGGCUGGGGGGGGGGGGGCGCGGGGGCGGGGGGGUUGUGGCCAGUGACUGGGCUCGAGCGAUGGCAGCACAGGCAUGUGUCCCUGGGGGUGCCCCCCUGACGAGGGUGCCCCCGCUCCAAAGAGAACCCUUCCUGGGCCGCAGAGGCCCAAAGUACCUGGCACAGCAGGGGCGUAGCCGGGAGGGGGAGCUGGGCAGCGAGCAGGCCGGAGCGGAGGCUGCCUCCCCAGCGCACCGGACGGAGUGGCAGCUGCCCAGGCUGGGCACUUUGCCAGGAGCUGUGCAGAGUCCGCCCUCAGCUUCCCCUUGA